GGUCUAUCUGUUUUGGGUGCGUCUAUGUACACCAUGGCCUGAUAUCAAAAUAGUCAGUCCACUCCUAGCAUACCCUGGGUUAGAAUAGUUGUUUGUUAUAUUUCUUGAUUCACGGAUUAAAAAAAAGAAAAAGCCUUCAGCAUUGAAACUAUGACGGAACUGUUGAAUGAGAAAUACAGAGACCAGCUGGUCACGUGGAUCGGUAAGCCGUGUCACUUCCGGUUGUUGUACAAGAUCAGCAGAGACGGAUGCUCGGCCCCGACAUUUCACCAGAAGUGUGACGGUCAGGGCGCCACUGUAACAGUCCUGUACAACACAAACAACACGAUAUACGGCGGCUACCUGUCACAGAGUUGGAACUCUAGUGGUGCUUACAUAAACGAUUCGAACGCCUUCCUCUUCCGGUUGCAGUAUAAUGGGUCAUCCAAUCCACUGAAGUUUCCAAUCAAUCAGCCAACGUAUGCUGGAUAUGGUGUAGGAGGUUAUGGUCCAUCAUUUGGAGGGGGCUCUGACAUGAAUACUUUCACUGGAAGCGUCAGCUCUUCAGGAAACUAUUUUCCUCUGAAUGGAAAUGUCAGUUCUAUAGGGAGUUAUUACAGCUUAAACGGUCAAAACAGCAACUCAAUCACUAACAACAAUCUCCAAGUGACUGAUCUGGAAGUUUAUCAAGUCAAAGAUGGAUCUGAUCCAAACAGAACGAAAAUGGCCGAAUCUUCACUUCUAGACAAACCAUGGAGAAAGUUUUCCGAGUUUAAUGCAGAGACGGCAAACAAACUUAAAGAAGAACUCGUGGACUAUGGACCGGACAGUGAGACAGGUGUAACAGCAGCAAACGUCCUCCUGAUUGGUCAGAUUGGUGCGGGAAAGUCCAGCUUCUUUAACUCCGUCAACUCAAUAUUCCGCGGAAAAAUCACCAGCAAGGCGCGAAGUGGGAACUUUGAGCAUAGUCUCACCACUGUUUACCGCAAGUACAGCAUCAAGGACCAUAACUCUGGUCAGAAUCUGAAGAUUCGCCUGUGUGACACCCGCGGUCUGGAGGAGGAGUUUACCAUCGACUCCCAGGAGAUAUCUUACAUACUGGACGGCAAUGUACCGGACAGAUACCAGUUCAACCCCUCAUCGCCGUUUACUACAGAGACGUUUGGGUUCAUCAGGAACCCAAACCUAGAGGACAGGAUUCACUGUGUGGCCUUUGUGGUGGACGGAAGUACUAUUGAUGUUAUCCCAGAGAAAAUUCUCAAACAAAUGAAAGCCAUGCAGAGUCGGAUGAACCAGAGAAAUAUCCCUCAAGUGGUGUACCUGACAAAGCUGGACAAAGUCUGUCCAAUGGUGGAGGAGGAUGCAGGUCACAUGUUCCACAGUUCAGCGGUCCGUGAAGCCGUGGAUAAAAUAGCUGACGUCAUGGGACUACCACGUGGUUUCGUUCUACCAAUUAAAAACUACGAGAGUGAAACAACAUUAAAUCAGAAUAUAGAUAUCUUGAUUUUGAAGGCUUUGAAGCAGACGGCAGAUUUUGCUGACGAUUACAUGGAAGAGCAAGUAGAAAAACUGGCGGCAGAAUAUGGACGAGAGAGAAAAGAGAAAGAGUAAACUGUCGUUUAGAACCAAUAUCAGACCAGAGAUUAUUAUAUUUACCUAUCGAAAGACUGAGGAGUUCAUAAAAAUAUGAGGAGAGACCUCAUUCAGAAGAGAAAGUGUAAAUCUUGACUGUACGUGAUAUAAACAGCAAAGUCAACUAAAUGUACUUAGAAAAGAGAAAAAAGCAACGUGGCUUAAGACUGAAAUGAUUGUUUAAAGAAAUAAGAAUAUUAAUUUUAUUGUCUGUAUUGGGAACCAUAUUCAUAAUUUACAAUCUGUCUUUGAUUACAAAUUAAAAUAAGAAUAUGCAUACAACCAUUGUGAAACGGGAUUUGUUACUUUUUAUGUAAUAUCUGACUCUCAUCUUGCUUUUUUAAUCGUUUGUCAUCGGAAACCUGAACAAAUUUUUACUGGGACAAAAGGGACUGAACAUUCAAAUAUUUUAAAAACUUGAUAAAAUGUUUUUUAUUGACAAGGCUUUCGUGCUUAUUAUUAGCUAUAAUAAAAUUAUCAUUUCUUUCUUUG